UUUAAUGUUAUAAUAAAACAUCGAUCGAUAUUUAUAGAUAUGUAAACAGCUACCCGGUUAAUGUAGAUCUAUAAAUGGUAUUGUGAAACACUCGAGUUUUAACGAAAAUAGACCCUUGUGGGUGAAUGUGAUAUUCAAAAGGGUGCUGUAAUGGCUAAGAACGUUCAUCCUAUAUCACCUCCGGAGUAUUCAGGACCAGGACCUAAUUACGAUGGCGGACCAAACCCCGGGAUAUAUCCAGGGGCUGUGGAAAUAAUGACCCCAGAUCGUAUAGCAGAUACAACCCCUCCACCAGCAUACGAUUCAAUUUUCAUCAAUCAGAGACAAUCAAAACCUAACGUGCACCAUGAUGACAGAAAUUUGUGGGAGAAAGUCCACGAAUGGUUUGAAUUUUCAGUCCUACAACAAAUAAUUUGGCUUGGUGCUCUCGCAUUUGCGAUAUCCUACAUUGUUUUCGGUUUGAAAUAUGCUGGUCAAUGUUUUCGGAAAAAGUACGACGAUGGACACGGAAAAGUCACAGAGGAAGAAGACCUCCCGUCAUUCAUGAAAAUAGAGGGCGGAGUUUUGUGUGCAUUGGUUCUUUUUGUCUUCUUUUGGCGAUUACUAUUCAUCUGUGAUAGGAGGCGGACACAUCGCAUCAACAAGGCAGAUUUAGAAGGACGGAAAAAGUGUGGAGGCUACAUGUUUUUCAUUUGCAUCGGUCUUUGCUUUGCAACCUUUGUUGUAUGUAUGGCAGGAGCAGCAAAAGUUUUCCAAUUCCAUGAUGGCUCUAAAAAUCAAACAGUGAAGUGUGACCAGGAGUUCUAUAACUUUUACCACGAUGCCAAGAUAGGACAGAUGGUGGUACUGAUACCGUACGCUCUUUACGUCAUUGUCUCCAUGUUUAUUGUUAUUCCUAAAGCAAAAAAUUGGUUUAUGCGACAUAAAUGGCGCCAGUGGGCCAGUCUUCUUGAUGCCGACCAAGAUGGAAUUAUCAGUUCGGACGACAUGGAGAGAACCAACACCAGGCUUGAACAGCUACGAUUGGCCAUUGGCGAUAGAAAGACGGCUUUGAAUGCAGAUGCGAAGAAAAAAUGGUGGAAUGAUCAUAUAUUCAAAAGAGGAGCCAACAAACACAUCUCUGUUGACGACUAUGUCAAUUAUCUGGAGGGAAUUUAUAAUCCCGCAGAUAUGGGGAACAAAAUGCGCCCAGUUAUCACCGGCUUUUUUAAUUUCUUCUCUACUCCUGACUUCCGGAAGAAGAAUUGCAUUCUGGCGGAAGAAGAUUUUAUAAAAUUUUGGGCAAUUUUGAAGAACGUCGAUGAAGUUCAUUGCAGAAAUAUGUAUAUUAAACAUUUUUUGAAUCCUUCGACGAUGGAAAGUUUUCUUGGAGAUUUUGUUGCCUUGGUUUCCCAUAAUGAUUUCUUUGAUGAAAACACCAUCGGAGUCCACACUGUAUUAAAACCCCCACGAUCAGCAUCAUGUGAUUCUAUUUGUCAUCCUUCAUUUUGUGGUGUCUGAACAAGAUAAAGACAACACCAGACUCUAUCUUGUUAAUGUGAGAUGUAUUACCAACCUUCGAAUGAUUAACGUGCUACUAACGUGUUGAUGUAAAAACAUAUCUUAAAAAUCUAAUAACUGUAAUAACCAUGAUAACAACAAGAAUCAUCAUGUGUCAAUAGCGAAAUUUUAGUAUGCAUCAAUAACUUUGGAUUGCAUAGUAUUAUAUUAUAAGAUAAUCUGUACAUCCGUUAUUUUUUUAAUGUCCCUGUAGUGCAGUUACUGCGGCUGAGUGUAUAAAAAAGUUGUUAAAAUUUACACGAUAAAAGAUAUCAAAGACCUGUGUAAUUAAGAGCAACUGUAGAUCUGUAUAUGUAGGAGCGGUGUAUGACUUUAACAUUGUAGAUCUGUUGUAGAUGUGAUUACAUAGAAUCGGUGUAGAUAUGUAUGAAUAGAAGCGAUGUAUAUCUGUAUGAGUAUGCUCGUUCUAGAUGCGUUUAAAUAGAAUCGGUGUAGAUAUGUAUGAAUAGAAACGAUGUAUAUCUGUAUGAGUAUGCUCGUUCUAGAUGUAUUUAAAUAGAAUCCGUGUAGAUAUGUAUGAAUAGAAACGAUGUAUAUCCGUAUGAGUAUGCUCGUUGUAGAUGUGUUUAAAUAGACUCUGUGUAGAUAUGUAUGAUUAAAAGUUAUUUAUAUUUGUAUGAGUAUGAAAGGCGUAAGAGAAUUGCUACUCUGGACUCCUUAUUCUCCUAAUAUUUUCUGUAUUGUUUUAAAAACAUUGGUUAUUCUGUAUUCUAUUUUUAGUCUUAUAUUUAAACUUAUGCAGAGAAAUAGUGAAGAAACAUAUUGAUAUAAAAGCGCUGUACCUUU